CCAAAAUAGUGUUGAGAAAGGAGAUUGUGACAGAACGGAUGAGAUAGAGUGACAGUCACAGUUUCCGUCUAUAUAUGUUUACUGUAUCUAUACAUAUAUAGAGAGAGAGAAAAACAAAAACACACACAUAUACUGUGUGGAAGAUCAACCAAGAGUUUUCUUUUCCCCUUUCACUUUUUCAUUUUGUCCGUUUCCUCUGCUCCGGCCGACCAACCACCGGUACAAUUUUUCUUGGCAGUUUCUUUGGUGAAGAUAAUUAAAAUUAUCAUCCACAAUGGAUGGGAAUGGAAAUCGACAAAUGGAGGUCAAUUACAUAAACACAGGAUUCCCAUACACAGUCCCUGAGAGCUUCAUGGACUUCUUUGAUGGAAUUUCACAUCAAACUGCACAUUUUCCUCAUUCGGGUCCUAUCCAUGAUCAGGAGCAUAAUGCAUAUUGGGCAAUGAAUAUGAGUUCAUACAAAUACGGAUUACCUGGUAUUGGAAAUGUACCUUAUUAUGAUCCAUAUGAAGUUCACAAUUAUGCACCAAGAAUGGAUAUGAAUCGAAGUGCAUGGGAGUAUCCUGUAAUGAUGAAUGUCACAGAACCUGCUACCACAGAUGUCCAAUCAGCUGAGAAUUCAGUUCCAAGCAUGCAAGCUAUUCCUGAAGAAUGUAGCCCAAAUCAUGACAGUGCUUCUAGUUCUCAGGUUGUUUGGCAGGAUGACAUCGAUCCAGACAACAUGACAUAUGAGGAAUUACUUGAUUUAGGAGAGGCAAUUGGGACAGAAAGUCGAGGUCUUUCUCAAGACCUAAUUGAUUCCCUUCCAACUACAAGAUAUAAGUCUGGUGGUUUCUUCUUAAGAAAAAAAUCCGGAGAGAGGUGUGUGAUUUGCCAAAUGAGAUACAAGAGAGGGGACAAGCAAAUCAAUUUGCCAUGCAAGCAUGUUUAUCAUACCGAAUGUGGAUCCAAAUGGCUCAGCAUCAACAAGACAUGUCCUAUUUGCAACGUGGAAGUUCUUGGUGAGGAACCAUCAUCAUCAUCAAGCCGCUAAAAACUCAUUGAAAUGGUCAAAUCGCCACAAAUUUUCCCAUCUUUUUUUUUUUUUUUUUUUUUUUUUUUGCUUUUUUGUUUAUUUUUUUACUUACAUAGAAGGUAGUUAACUCAAGUUUGUCCUUAAUUACGUGUUUUUAUAUAGGAUGUGUUGUUAGCUUUAUAUAAAAGGUGAAUAUGAACGACUGGGAUCCUUUUUUUUUUUAUGUUAUUAUUUUAGGUUAAAUUGUUUCUAAGAUUAAUAGUCAAAUUGUGAGUUUAUUAAAUUAGUAAUGAACCGAAUCCUCUAUUAUAUUUGUUGAAUUUUGAC